AUGAAGAUGUUUUUCCUAAAGUCUGUCAAUAUCUUCUCUUUUCUCCUGGCUCUCCCUUCCUUCUUCCCUUCCCUUGGAAUUCUUACUGGUAUUGAGCAGCAGGUUCUUGAAAUCAAAAUGCUGUCGGAUCGGAAACGGGAGCUGGAGCACCGUCUCAGUGCCACCUUAGAGGAGAAUGACCUGCUCCAGGGGGCUGUGGAGGAACUACAGGACCGGGUGCUGAUUCUGGAGCGGCAGAGCCAUGACAAAGACCUCCAGCUGCAUCAGAGCCAGCUGGAGCUCCAGGAGGUACGGCUCUCCUACCGACAGCUGCAGGUGAAGGUGGAGGAGCUCACUGAGGAGAGGAGUCUGCAGAGCUCUGCAGCCACCAGCACGUCCCUCCUGUCUGAAAUAGAGCAGAGCAUGGAGGCCGAGGAGCUGGAGCAGGAGAGAGAGCAGCUGAGACUGCAGCUCUGGGAAGCCUACUGCCAGGUUCGCUAUCUCUGCUCACACCUUCGAGGAAAUGACAGCGCUGACUCGGCCGUCUCCACGGACUCCUCAAUGGACGAGUCUUCAGAAACGUCGUCUGCCAAGGAUGUACCAGCAGGCAGCUUGCGCACUGCUCUCAGCGAGCUCAAGAGACUGAUACAGAGCAUUGUGGAUGGCAUGGAGCCCACGAGCUCCCGGAGAAUUGAUGAUGACUCCUUAGAAGAACAGAUAAGGCAGACCAGUGAGGAUUCGAGAGCCCUAAGGGAACUCAUGGAGGGAGAGAGGGGUAAACUGAGGCAAAGCCUAGAAGAGCUGCAGCGGCUCCACAGUCAGGUGACACUGCUGAGUGUGGAGAUGACUGCGUUGAAGGAGGAGAGAGACCGACUCAGAAUGACAUCUGAGGACAAGGAACCAAAGGAGCAGCUUCAGAAGGCCAUCAGGGACCGGGAUGAGGCCAUCGCAAAGAAGAACGCUGUGGAGCUGGAACUCGCCAAGUGCAAGAUGGACAUGAUGUCUCUGAACAGCCAGCUACUGGAUGCCAUUCAGCAGAAACUGAGCCUCUCACAGCAGCUUGAGGCUUGGCAGGACGACAUGCACAGGGUCAUUGACCGACAGCUGAUGGACACGCACCUGAAGGAACAGAGCCGGCCUGCUGCUGCCCUCUCCAGGGCCCACGGCUCGGGGCGUGGCGAUGAGCCCAGCACCGCUGAAGGCAAACGGCUCUUCUCAUUCUUCAGGAAAAUUUAAACUGGGAGGAGUCA